CCACUCCGGGAGGAAGGUUUCCCGAGACCGCUCCCAUCCCCACCCCGCCUCCCGCGUCCCCGGCGCUAGCCUCCGCCGGCGGAGCCCCACUAUGCCAGACAGUUUCGACACUUUGCAAAGACAAAGAGCCCUCACCCAGAGGGAGGCGAGAGAGGAGGAAGGAGAGAGGGGAGCCCGAGGCGACGAGAGCCGCGCGGACUUCACUUCCCUCAGCCGGAAAUGCCAGUGACAGGCAAUCGGCAACUCCAAGCACUUUGCUAAGCAAAGGGACGCUUUCACACAUGACCAGGGAUGGACAGCCUCUCUCCCCACCCUCUGAGAUGGAGAAACUGAGGCUCACAGAGGUUAAGGAGCUCCACUGAGGUCACGUAACAGGAGCACUACGGUUGGCAAAAGAAAUUCUGGCAGCCAGGCAAGACACUAUGACAGCCUCUGUGCCCUCAUCAAGACAGUCACUUAACUGCCACCUCCCUGGCGACAGCAUGGAACAGUCAAGCAUCUAAUUAAGGAUCACCAUACACCACACUUUCUGGGGUCACCAAGGCAUCCCUGCAGCUUCCAAGAACUUCCUGCCAAGUCCUCACCCCUGAAGGUCCCCAGAUUGAAUGGAACAGGAAAUCACUGUUAUUAUGUUUAAUUAGAAUCUCAUCUAGAGGCAUGUCAUUGGCCCUUUCAGGACUGCAGAAGAAGUCGGCUACCUUUUAUCCUAAAGAACAAAUCCAGCACACCACAGAUGGCCCUUGUGUGUCACAUGGGCACAUCCAGAACACAGGGGCGGCUGCUUCACCAUGGGAAUGAAGUUGGCCUAAGCUACCCUUGAGACUCCUGAAGAUCCUCCAUCCCUUCCAGCUGCACCUCCACCUCUAGUGUCUCUACUCAGGGAGUUGGGGUACCCCUCCCGCCCCUCAGCAGGAAGCGAAGAUGAUGACCACACAGAAGAAGGUCCUCAAGGUGCUCACCUUGCUGGUGCUCUUCAUCUUCCUCACCUCCUUUGUCCUCAACUUCUCGCACACGGCAGUGCCUGCUGCCUGGUUCCCCAAGCAGAUAGUCCUCGAGCUGUCGCAGAACCUCAGGAAGCUGAUCAAGUCCCGGCCUUGCACCUGCGCACACUGCAUCAGCCAGAGCAAGGUCUCAGCUUGGUUCGACAAGCGCUUCAACCAGUCGGUGCAGCCGCUGCUGACGGCCCACAGUGCGGUCCUGGAGGAAGACGCAUACCAGUGGUGGCUGAGGCUGCAGAGGGAGAAGAAACCCAGCAACCUGAGCAGUGUCAUCAAGGAGCUGUUCAGCGUGGUGCCAGGGGACGUGGACCCCUUGCUGGACAAGAGGUCGGUGGGUUGCCGGCGCUGUGCCGUCGUGGGCAACUCAGGCAAUCUGCGGGAGUCCUUGUACGGGCCUGAGAUAGACAGCCAUGACUUUGUGCUCAGGAUGAACAAGGCGCCCACAGUGGGCUUUGAAGCUGAUGUGGGGAGCAAGACCACACACCAUCUGGUAUAUCCCGAGAGCUUCCGGGAGCUGGGGGCAAACGUCCACAUGAUCCUGGUCCCCUUCAAGACCCUCGACUUGCAGUGGGUUAUCAGUGCCACCACCACCGGUACCAUCUCCCACACGUACAUCCCAGUUCCCACGAAGAUCAAAGUGAAGCAAGACAAGAUCCUGAUCUACCACCCAGCCUUCAUCAAGUACGUCUUUGACAACUGGCUACAGGGCCAUGGGCGGUACCCGUCCACCGGCCUGCUCUCAGUCAUCUUCUCCCUGCAUGUCUGUGAUGAGGUGGACUUGUAUGGCUUUGGAGCAGACAGCAAGGGGAACUGGCACCACUACUGGGAGAACAACCCUUCGGCAGGGGCUUUCCGAAAGACAGGAGUGCAUGAUGGGGACUUUGAGUCCAAUGUGACGGCCGCUUUGGCGUCCAUCAACAAAAUCCGGAUCUUCAAGGGGAGAUGAUGCUCCGAAGGUCAAGGAUGGACUUACCACAUCUCGCUUGUCAGUUUUGGCCCCAGUAUCUCCCCGGGGCUGGUCCCUCCUAGGAGCUCCAGAGCCAGCCUCAGGCUGCCCAGGCACUGCCCUCAGCCUCCUGCACUCCCACCUUAGGCAGCAUUGACUCCGCAAAGUCACCUACUCUGCUGGGGCUGCGCAGCGAGUCCUGUGCUGCAGCGCUCCCUGCACCGCUGUCCCAAUGCUGGAGUCGGGGAGCGAUGCUGCGAAAGGUAAUUAUUUUGGCUUCUGGGGUGGGGCAAUAUUAAAAAUUCCCGUAUUCUAUGAAGACAGACAAGUUCCCAGGAAAGAUGGGCCAAGGCCAGUUGCCACUGCAAGAUUCUACACUGACUCUGAAACUCCCAUUCUCACUGGGAUAUUUGUUAGUAACAGUGACCUCUGGUUUGGAGCUCGCUGGGCAGUGCAGGCAGGCACGGGAGCAAGACACUUCUGCCUGUUUGCCGGGAAGUCGGACUUCUCUCCAGGUGACAGCCCUGUUCGUGUCUUCCUGAAGCUCACGGAUGAGGACACGGUGAGCCAGUAGACUCCAGAGGUCUUCAUAGGAACGUGGCCACGUUUCCAGCAGGAGCUGCUGCUUCUGCCUACUUGGGUACUUCCUCCACAUCCAGCUCUGGGUUCUAAUCAGGGCCGAGAGCAGAUCUGACUACUUCAUGUGCCUUUGUGUUUGGGGAAGAAUUGCAAGUACUGGCUGAAACGAGGCUAAAGCCGCAGCUCCGGGAAGAGAGCCCCCUGCUGCCCAGCUGGAAGCCUCUUGUCCGUUUCCUGAGCCAGCGCCUGAGUGGGAGCAAGGUUCAGAUGACACUUCGGGGUACACUGGCUGUGGCAUCCAGCAGAUUUCCCGGGACUGUUGGGUUCGGUGCUUGUAACUUCUCCAGCCAAGUAGGACCUCCCAGCCAGUGUAUCUCCCGGUGCCUGAGCUCUGGGCUGCCUUUGCGGGGGUCCUGGGGCCAGGGUGGGGGGAUUCCAAGGAGUGGCGACCAGCACAUACCUCGUCUCCUCACUCUCACCCUCCAUCUCUCUCCUUCUCCUCUGAGUUCCUGAUUAUUUAUUGAUUUUUUAAAUUCAACUGACAUGUGUGUGCUCCAGCUGCGUUGCCACCCCUGGCGUUUCCACCAAGUUUCUGUUUCUUCUCCUGCAUCUGGGAGCAGGGAUUUUAAAGGAGGGCUUCUAGGAAUCCUCGUUCUUGGGGAAUAAGGCAUCGAAGCUGGAUGUGGCCAGAACGGGCUGCAGCGCUAACGCUGUGGGCUGUGAGCUGGUGCUGGCCACCUCCCCUCCAGCACUGGCCUCCCUCCUCCUGGCCCAGUUUGUUCUCGGGCUAGGAGUGUCCCGCUCACACCACCUCACUGGCUGGGGGAACAGAACAGCCAGCACAGGGACAGUGACCGUUGGUUAUAGUCACUGACACUCUACGAGAAAAGCCACUUGCUAAGGAGAACAUUUCCCAAAGGCAGGUGUUUGGCGAGGAGGUGGGACAGUCUCCGGAUAGAGAAGGUUGGGUCUCUCCCAGAGUGGCAGGGCCACUGCAGACCAGGAGGCUGGGAGGCCCGGAGCUCAGGGACCUUGGUCAUGGGCCACACCUGGCAUCAGACCACGUACAAAAGUUCCUGGGAAAUGCAUGCCGCAUUUGCUUUUACCCUUGGGCCUGUGCAGAUGAGCGUGUUAGGUUCUCAGAGAUUCAGGUAUCCAGAAGGGGUAUUUUUGUUUCUUUAGUUUUUGUUUAGAACUCAGUACCUGUUCCUGCUUUAAGAAACUUUCCAGACUUAGGAUUCUUACCUGAUACUAGCUGGUAAAUCGGGAGGGCCUCCUUGUGAACGUGCCUCUUCACGUGUCAUAAAUCACAGUCACACGGCAAGAGCAGAGCUUAGCGCUUGCGUGUUGGUUGUCUGAUCCACUGCUGGGUUAAAAAUUGAGACAAGUGCGCAUGCGCACAGUGAGCAGCGGGGACCCUGGCUGCCCCCUCGCCUAGGCGCUGAGACUGUUCAGAGAGGACAGCUUGGGGUGGAACAGUCUACUUGCUUGGGUCUGCUGAGUAGGAAGAGGUCUCCGAGUGAGGCUGUGCCUCCGUCUGAGCCCGAAGUAGCGUGAGUGGCCUGCCGGGUCUCCCUCUGCCUCCCCUCUGUGGAAGGAGGUCCAGCCGCGACCCCGCCCGCACCCUCCAAACAGCUCUGCAUUUUACAGGUGAGACCAGCAAGGUUCAAGGAAGGGGUGCGACUUCUGGGUCAUAGGAGUGACCAGUUGUGACAGCGCAAGUCAAGGAGAAUUAGAGAAAAACUAGGAUGGUUUGGCUUCACAUUUAAAACGGACAGACGUUGGGGCUGGGGAGAUGGCUCAAUGGAAUAAGCGCUUCCCUGGCAAGCGCAAGGGUCUGAGUUCAAUCCCUGGU